AGAUGAACGUGCUUCUGUUAUAAACUCAUUUCAAGUCAUCGUUACUAAGUUCUUUCUGAGAGGUCAUAGUGAAUGUGCUGCUGACCGUCCGCUGAUCAAUAACUGAUUUAUGAACAGCAUGGAUGAGCUGUACAGUUCGGGGGAUGAGGAUGUCUCUCUGACUGGAAGCGACUUUGAGUUCCAGGUAAAAUCCUCCAAGAGGAAACUGAACUCAAAUCAGGGAUCAUCAUCUCCUAAGAGGGUCUGUCAACCGUCAGUCAGUGGCUCCAGCCAAUCACAGAGCCCGGUGGAGCCCCGCCCCCUCCGUCAUCUGUAUGAAGCAGUGCGGUCCGGACGAAGUGCACUGCUGACAGUGAUAGAUGAUUGGCUAGAGGAGUACAGAAGAGACAGAGAGGCGGGGCUUCUGGAGCUCAUCAACUUUGUGGUUCAGUGCAGUGGCUGUAAAGGAGUCGUGACCAGAGAGAUGUGCAGGAGCCUGCAGAACGCCGAUAUCAUCAGUCAGCUGACGAAAGAGUUUAACGAGGACUCGGUCAGUUAUCCUCUGGUGUCGGUGGGCUCUCAGUGGCGACGCUUCGCUGAAGGCGUGUGUGAGUUUGUGUCUCUGCUGGUUCGAGGCUGUCGUAACAGUGUGUUGUACGAUGAUUUUCUCUUCUCGUCGUUCAUCGCGCUGCUCACGGGUCUGGCCGACUCACAAGUCCGUGCCUUCAGACACACCAGCACGCUCAUCGCUAUGCGGUUGAUGUCGUCGAUCGUCUCCGUCGCUGCAGAGGUGAACACUCAGGCACUGAUGACCCAGAGACGCUGUGAGCUGGAGAAGAACAAGCCGGCUGAACACAGAGCCUUUGACCGAAUAGAAGAACUAGAGCACUCUUAUAGAGAGCUGCUGGAGCAUCAGGAGGACUUGCGCUCUUUGAUGAACGGGAUCUUUAAGGGUGUUUUCGUUCAUCGGUAUCGGGACAGACUUAGUGAAAUCCGGGCCAUCUGCAUGGAGGAGAUGGGGGUGUGGCUUCGAGAAAACCCCGCCUCUUUCCUCAAUGACGAGCACCUCAAAUAUGUGGGCUGGAUGCUGCACGAUAAACAAGCUGCUGUUCGACUGCAGUGUGUGUUGGCUUUACAGAAGCUUUAUGUGGAGAAAGACUUCAUCAGCCAUUUAGAGCUCUUCACCAGCCGCUUUAAGGAACGAAUUCUGUGUAUGAUUCUGGAUAAAGACUCGGACGUGGCAGUGGAAACGGUGAAGCUGCUGCUGCUCAUUAAACAGCAGACAGAUGAAGGUCUGAGUGAGGAAGAGUGUGCUGCUGUGUAUCCACUGGUUUUUGCCACACACCGAGGUCUGGCCUGCGCAGCCGGAAGAUUCUUGUACCACAUGCUGUGUGCUGUGUUAGAUGGGCAGUCAGACAAAUGCAGUGCUUCUGUCCUUCAUUUGUUGGCGCAUUUCUUUAUUGAGAGCGAGUAUCAUGAGCAUGCUGCGUAUCUGGUCGAUAGUCUGUGGGAUAUUGCAGGGGUGGAGCUAAAAGACUGGGAACUGAUGACAUCACUACUGCUAGAGGAAACUGGCAUGGAGGACAAGCUGGAGAGUGCUCUGAUAGACAUCAUGAUGUGUGCAGUGAGACAGGCUGCUGAAGCCACGCCUCCCAGCUCUCGAGCGCAGAAGAAGAACCUGUCAGCGCGGGAGAAGAGGCUCCAGGUUCAAGAUCGGAGACGCAUCACAAAUCUUUUCAUCCCCGUGCUGCCUCAGUUACUGGCAAAGUUCUCAGCAGACGUGAGGAAGGUGAGCUGUCUGCUCCGAGCACCGCUCUUCUUCCAGCUGGAGGUUUACGGCACAUCGGGACGCCUGGAGAAAAGUCUGGAUCUGCUGCUGUCUCAGGUGUGUGACAUCACGCUGAAGCACCGUGACGAGUGUGUGUUAGAGGCGUGUGUGCGUGUGUUGUGUGCGUUGUGUAGUGAGAGCUACAGCUUCUGUGGCCGAGCCGAGAGAGCCGUCGGUCAGCUGCUGGACUCAACCGUGGAGAAGUUCACCUCAAACCUGGCAGAGAUACUGCAGGGGUCAGCUGAUGAAGAUGAUUUGUAUGGAGCUGCUUCCUCUCUGAACGUUCUGGCCGUCUUUAGCAGUGCCAGAGAUUUAACCGGAAGGAACCUGUUUGAGUUCUGCUUUCAGCUGCUGAAGAUGGGAAUAGAGACAAGAGAAAUCAACGAGAAGCUGAUGGUUCCAGCUCUUAAGUGUUCAGUCUUCCAUCUGUUCUGGAAAGGAACGAAGAUUAAGCUACAGACUCCAGCAAAAGACAAGGCGGAGCUGAAGCGUGUGAUGAAGGCUCUUCACUCGUUCUGUGUGGUGUCUCAGAGCUGUCUGUCUCUGCCUCAGAGAUGCAUCAGGAGUCAGGCGUUUGUGUGUCUGUGUGACGUGCUGCUCGUCUUCGGGAGGCUGUGUGAAGGAGACGGCUCUCCGCUGCAGCGCUUCAGUCCUGACGACUCUCUCAAAGCGGAAAUGGCUUCUUUCAUCAUCGACUAUGUCUUCAGCGACCCUGAGGAGGAUCUGGAUGGUGAGGAGGAGUGUGAGGAGAUGAAGAUGGCUGCUCUGCUGCAGAAGAGGACUCAGCUGGCAGGAUACUGUAAACUUAUCAUAUAUGGAGUCCUGGAGCUUCAAGCUGCCACAGACAUACUCAAAUACUACAACAAGUUCUACAAGGAUUUUGGUGACAUCAUCAAAGAGACUCUCAGCAAAUCUAAGAUGAUCAGCUCCGUGGAGAGUGCUAGGACUGUGUGUUUGUGUCUGCAGCAGCUCUUCUCAGGGCUGGAGCAGGAAGGCCGUGAUGAAGAGCUGACAGAGAUCAGGUUUCUGGCGAAGAAGCUGGCGAUGAACUUCAGCAUUAACCUGCGUCUGAUCCGUAAACCACUGCUGGCGUUACACCAGGACGGCAUCCGCUUCUCCAGUCAAGGGCUUGAUACGGGAGAGCUAAUGAACCUGAGCUUCUUGGAGAUCCUGAGUGAAUUCAGUUUCAAACUCCUGCCGUCUGAACGCAAGCAGCUGUUGCUGUAUCUGCGCCGUGUGUUUGCUUCAGUGAUGGACAGUGAGUUUGUGAAGAUGUACGAGCGGUCACUGACUUCAGGAUCAAAAGAAACUUCAGCAGCAGCAGAAACACCCAGGAAGAAACGCAGACGCACACACAGUUUGACCAGCGGUUUGGAAACUCCAGCUUUAACACCACACACACACCGUGUUGACAUGGAUGAUGAUUUCACAGACAGGUCUGUCCUGAGGAAGAGUGUGAUCCGCAGCAGACCUCAGAGUCCGUUCUCUCAGAGCAUCCAGUCUCAUCUCAGCUCACUAUCCCUGGGUCAUGAAGAUGCUUCAGGGGACGAGGAGGAGCCAGAAAUCGAUGAUUACGAUGAUGAAGACUCUGAGCUGAACAUGGCUUUGCCCUCCACACACGGCUCUGCCAGCUUCCUGGAGGAUCUGUUUGAGUGAAACCAGGAAACCACGUUCACGUUUCCCUGAAGCAGUGGAGCAUCAUGGGAUGUCGUGUUACUGCACCUGUUUAAUACCCUGUUAAAUGUUGAGUCAUUCAUGUUGAUCUGAAUGAGAAAAGCACAAAAAAACCUGUUUAAUUUCAUGAUGGUUAUAAAUGAUUUGAAGUAUGUUAAAGUAUUUUGUUUAUGAUUUGUUUAAAUAAAUAAUUUACAUUUAUUUGUA